AUGCGAACAUUGGAAUGGGAUAAUACGGGAUUGAAAAUCGAUGGUCGGCAGUUACACCAUCUUCGCUUUGCUGAUAGCAUCGUCCUUAUAACACCAAACAUUAGCCAUGCGGAACGUAAGCUUAACGACUUUGAUAAAGUCUGUGGAAAGACUGGUUUUCGACUAAAUCUCACAAAAACGAUGUUCAUGAGGAACGGAUUGGUUUCGUAUGCCCCAUUCACGCUCAACGCAACGAAUAUCUCCGAAUGCUCCAGUUAUGUCUAUCUAGAUCGGGAAAUCAAUAUGAUGAACGACUUAGCUCCAGAGCUGAGCAGAAGGAAACGAGCGGCUUGGGGAGCUUACAAGAGCAUCGAGGAUGUAGUGAAGAGGACAAAGAAUACCCGACUCCGUGCCCAUCUUUUCGACUCAACGGUACUUCCUGCCGUAACGUAUACGUUAGAAACUUGGUCGCUUCGUAAGCAGAAUGAAAAAUCACUCAGCGUUAUAAUUACACGCAGUCGAAGGGACGUUGCUAGGAGUAUCCCGUUUGACACAAGCAAAGGAAGGGAUGCGGGGUUCCUGACUGCGUCAACGAUAAAAAAUCAAAGAUGCUGUUCUGUACGCCAAACAGUCGAAGAAGAUAAGAUGAGCAGGACACGUAAUGCGUAUGAUAGGCAAUGCGUAUGA